AUGCAUAAAUACAGCGAACAUAAAAAAAUUAAUACUUUAUAUUAUUACUAUAUUAAAGAAUUGUAUAUGCAAAUGUUUAAAAUAUCUAAAGAACGUAGGAUAUGUGGAAUAUUUAAAAGCAAUAACUUUAAAAAAAUAUUGAAAGGAUGGAUGAAAACCACUUUACCUUUUAAAAACAUAAGUACAGAUAUCUAUGGUCCAUUCAGUCUAGAUGAAUAUAUUUGCCCCGAAAGAAAAAAGACAGGAUAUAUUUUUACAAUUACAGAUAUAUUUUCAAGGUUUACUAAAUUAUAUUUUUUAUAUAAUAUUAAUUCGGAGGCGGUAAUUAAUACUAUAGAAAAAUGGAUUGAAGUACAUGGUGUUCCAAAAGUAAUAACGGCCGAUAACGGAAGGCAAUAUAUUAGCAAGCAAACACAAAGUUAUUUGAAGGAAAAGGGAAUCAAUCAUAUUUUACUCCAGCAUACACAGCAAGUUAAAUGGUAUCUCAGAGGCAUUAAACAAAAUCAUUACGUUCGUUCUAAGUAUUAA